UUGCAAAUUACGAAUAUUCUCUGGGAACAAGAAAUUGCAUUAAAACAACGCUACCUGGAAUAUGAAGACCCAUAAUCCUCUGCAUACUAUCCCAGUUCGAUCCUUUGAAGCACAAUAUUUCAUAUUCUGCAGAAACCCAAAUUUUCUACAAGUCAAGGAAAAAAAUUAAUCGCAUUUCGGAAACACGAGAUUUAAGUUCGCAGCAGAGAAAUGGUGAAAUCGGAGGAGGCAAAGAGAAGGGUAGCUUUUGUGCUGAUUGAUGGUUUGGGAGAUGUAUCACUGCCAAUGUUUGGUAAUAAAACUCCUCUGCAAGUAGCUAACCUACCUAAUUUGGAUGCUAUUUCGUCGGCCGGAGUUAACGGGCUAAUGGAUCCAGUUGAAGUUGGAUUAGCAUGUGGAAGUGAUACUGCACAUCUUUCUCUAUUGGGGUACGAUCCUAGGGUUUAUUAUCGAGGACGAGGGGCGUUUGAGUCAAUGGGUGCUGGUCUUGCAAUGUCGCCUGGAGAUAUCGCGUUUAAGUCGAACUUCGCAACUCUAGAUGAGAAAACUGGAGUAGUUACAAGCAGAAGGGCCGAUAGGCAUUUUGAAGAAGAAGGGCCUAUUCUUUGUGCCGCACUGGACCAAAUGAAACUGCCCAAUUUUCCUCAAUACGAAGUUAGAGUCAGGUAUGCAACGGAGCAUAGAUGUGGGGUAGUUGUGAAAGGACCAAAGUUAAGUGGAAACAUAUCUGGAACGGACCCAUUGAAGGAUAAUCGUUUGCUUUUACAAGUUCAACCCCUCGAUGAUUCUGAAGAGGCAAAGAACACAGCUGCAGUUGUGAACGAGUUAUCAAAGGAGAUAUCUCGUAUUUUAGUCGAUCAUCCUAUUAAUGAAACAAGGGCAGCACAAGGAAAAACUAUUGCCAAUGUUGUCCUUUUACGAGGUUGUGGGAUUCGAAUUGAGGUGCCCGAGUUUGAAAAGUUGCACGGGUUAAGGCCAUGUAUGGUUGCUCCAACAAAGAUUAUAGCAGGUUUGGGUUUAUCUCUUGGUAUCGAUAUUCUAGAAGCUUCCGGAGCAACGGGAGAUUACAGAACUCUUUUAACAUCGAAAGCAACUGCAAUAGCAAGUGCACUCUCAGCUCCUUUCAAGUCAUGCCCUAAUGUCUUUGUACCUGGUGAAGAUGAACAUAAACCUGGCCCUUCUGAUGGCUAUGAUUUCGGUUUCCUUCACAUUAAGGCAAUAGAUGAUGCUGGUCAUGAUAAAGCGAGCAUCUUCAAAGCAAAAGGAUUAGAAGCUGUUGAUCGAGCAAUAGGACAGCUGGCGAAGCUGCUUUGGCAAGCGGAGACAGGUGGCGAUUUUCAGUACUACAUUUGUGUAACCGGUGAUCAUUCUACUCCGGUCGAAUAUGGGGACCACAGCUUCGAACCGGUCCCUUUCGCACUUUGUCGUUUGAAGGACUUUGUCGGUGCAGUUGGUGGGGAAUCACGGCUUCUGGAAACUUCUCUCGACCCGUUUCCACUUCCAAAGGUCGAACCCGGGGAGAACCUUCUGGAUGGUUCUAGAAUUCAAGAAGAGAAGAAACGGGCUUUUAGAGGUGACGGUGUUUCCGAGUUUAACGAGGUAGCUGCAGCCAGAGGGUUUCUUGGGAGAUUCGGUGGGAGUGAAAUGAUGGGCAUUAUAAAGACAUUUCUUCAGGUCUAACUUAAAGCUGCUUUGAUUUUUUUUUUUUUUUAAUAUUUUUUUUAUGUAACUCUUGUUUCUAAUUGUGCAUUUGAGGUUCUGUUAUACACUGUUCUUUGUCUUAAAGGUUAAUUAGAAUAAAACUUUGGAUGCUGUUCAGGCAUUAAAGAAAAAUGAUAUCAAUUAAUAUUUCCGGUCUGAAUCGUGUAUGCAAUAUUUGGUGACGGAAAAAAAAAAUAUUGCGAAAUUGUAAUAUCUUAUGAGGGUUGUUUUUGUCA